GUCCCGGGAUCCGUCACCGCUCGAAAUCCGAGAGCAUCACAAGCGCGGAGUUCCCUAGUGGAUAUAAUUAACAGUCUAAAAUGGUAUACAUAAUGACGACGAAGACAUACGUCCAAACGUUGAUCGACGCUCGAAACAGUCAAAUGAUAGUCGCCUGCCUGUACUUAUUCAAACUUGAAUGCUCUUCGGAGUCUCCUCCAGCGCGAUUCCGGAACUUCGAGUUGUGGGAGAGACGUCCAUCGAAGCCCAUUCAAACGCCGCACGACCAUGCCCUGUCGAUAAGUGAUCCAUCGUCCUCGUCUGGUGCACAGAUGAAGGACUUCAGGUUGGCUCAACGCCACCUUGAGAGGCAGAUACGGAGUGGUCGACAGGAGGCCGUCAUCCGCCAAGAUGGCUAGUCUGUACAUCGUGACAUUAAUGCCUCGCACGACGAGUGUCAUAUGGAGACAUAGAGAGGUAUACGCGUAUGAUUCCGUUCGUAGACAUUGAGCCGAGGUGGCUCUCGGGCCCUCUUCCUGCGAGUCGGCUCCAGGCGGCGGAAAUUUCAGACAGACCAGUGCCUGUAGAGAUUUAUACUGUGCCUAUGAGACGUCCACUGUCCAGCAGCCAGAUAGAUAGGA